AUGGAGGCCUUGUUCGACCCUCAUUAUACAUGCGAACCAUAUGAAGCAGUCGGUGCACUAACAGAUUCCCUUCAACCAGACUGCUUCAGUGGGAUGAAAGUAGAGUAUACAACACAACACUCCGAAAAUUUGGUAACGGGGCACUACCUCACCAUCGACCCCCCAGCUCCAAAACAAAAGGUCAAUCGAAUCCACUCAAUUUUGUAUGCCGGGACUUGGGGAAAUUUAAUCGCUCGUAUCGAUAACGAACUCCAUGGCUCCGUUCUCUCCACUGUUAACACUCCUAACAAGCAAAUCAAUGCAAGUUUGAGAGCAGCGCGCAACGAGGAUGGUAAUCAAGCGGGACUCGAUAUUAAAGCAACGGGAUUUGGUCGGUGUGUUGGGUUUCGGUAUGAGAAGGGAGGCAUGUAUGUAACAAACUUAAUGCAGAAGAUCAACGAAAAAUUUUCAAUAGGAGCCGAGUGUUGUUUAGUACCACACAAAAGGUUGCGUACACAGUCGUAUGGAGCGCUUUGUAUGAUCAACCCCCAACUCAUCUCUUCAUUCAUAUACUCCGAACUUAACACCACUUUUCUCUCUUCAGUCAAAUACUCCCCGUCACAGAGUGUCACCUUUGGUGGUCAAUUUGUCUUUCAACAGAAGCCGAAUAAGUCGAUGUUUGGCGCAUUGUUCUUUGAGAAAGUCACUCAAAUGGCGCUCCUGAAAACAUCGAUGAACACGACAGGAACAUUUUCUUCAUCUUUUCAAACCUCCAUUAAAGAGAUUGCUGGGAAUUUGUUACUCUGCGUCCAAGCGAAUCCGUUCAUUGGAAGCUACACAUAUGGACUCUCAUUGCAACUCUUCAGAUAA